CCCAGGGCCACAGGUCUCCCUGACGCUGCACGCGGGGUCUCAUGCGUCCCCCGCGCCGCCCUGCCGCCCUCCCCCACUCGGGGCCAGUCGGCCCGAGCUCCCUGCGGGGCGGGGCCUCGCAAGCGGAAGUGCCCGGGCGCCCGGCGGCCCUACCGCCGGGCCAUGGGGAUCCUGGACUCCGGACUGCGGCGGCGGCCGCAGAGGCGGCGGCGGCUGCCCGAGCGGCGGCGGGGGCGGGGCGGCGCGGGACGCGGGCCGGGUAGCGCCGGCCGAGCGCGGAGCCAUGGGCCGGGCCGGGACCGGGGCGCGGCGCGGGGCGGCAGCGGUGGCUGGGCCGCUGCUGCUGCUGCUGCUGCUGCUCGCAUCGGCCCCCGCGGCCGCCGCCGGCGACCACAAGAAGAGCGUUGAGCCAGCCCGGGACAGCGGAGCCAUCGAGGAGUGCCUCUAUGGAGGCAUCACGAGGCUGGCAGAGAAACCAGCUGCUUACCUGUCUCCUUCCCCAUCCCUUGUGGGGGCAGACGAGGCUUCCUGUGUAGCAGUGCUCAGCCCAGAGAUGGUCGGGCUGGUGUCAGAGCACUUCUCCCAGGCCCCGCAGAAGCUGUCUUCCUACAGCUGGUACGGCAGCAUCCGGCUCUUCCACUUCCUGCCUGCAGACACCGUGCUGCUGCGCUGGCUGCUGCACAUGUCCUGGGGCAGCGGCACGCCCUGCACCGACGUGGAGAUCACCGUGCACUUCCGCUAUGGGGCCCCUCCCGUCGUCAACCCUGGCACGAGCUUUCCCAACCACACCAUUCAGCAGCCCUCCUUCCACGUCAGGGCACUGCUGAGCUCCAUGCUGCUGGACAACACCUCUGUGAACGUCUCCCACCCAGCCCCCGGGGACGGGUUUGUGGCUGCCCACCUGCCUCCCUCCUCCCAGAAGAUCGAGGUGCAGGGCUUUGCUCCCACCUGUGCCUUCUUUCAGCCCGACAUGCUGGUCAUGCGGGCGAUGGAGGUCUCCAUCCUGGAGCCUGAUGCACCCCAAGUGCAGGGCCUGAGGGAGGACACCACCUUGUGCAGGAUCUUCGUCCCUGAGUAUACCCAGGAGCUUCUGCUGGAGCUGCAGGGCUGUGUGUCCAGCGGGAGCCCCGGCUGCCCUGUGCGUCUCACGGUGGGUGGGGCCACCCUUCCCAGCAACUUCCAGAAGGUGCUGACCUGCACGGGCCCCACACCGUCCUGUCGUCUGUUGCUGCCCUCACCACCCUGGGGCCGGUGGCUGCAAGUAACAGCUGAGAGCCUGGCGGGGCCCCAGUGUCAGCUUUCCUCCAGCUGAGCCCUGGUACUCUUGGCAGCCUGCAGGCCAUGGAGCAUGACCUUCCAGCGCCUUCUGCGAAACAGUCCAAACCAGAGCCAUGAUACAUCCGUGGGCCAGCUGUCCCCAGGCCCUGCCGAUCAGGGCCUGGGCAGGAGCAGUGGGGUGGGCGGUGGCGCCUUCUGUCUCCUGAGCUUCCCGGUCAUGAGGGAGGAAAUAGACACAGUGUCUGUGCGCUUUCAGCCCAUGGACGGGAUUUCGGUGCUGGUGCGUUCCGACGCUCCCGCCGUCUUGCGGCUCCGCCUUGAUACCCGGCAUGGGAACAGUGGGGGCUCCCUCACCAUCACCCUGAGGUCACAAGGUACUGUCCUGAUAGCCUGGGACACCUUGAUAGUGGCCUGUGUGAAUGCUGCCUCAGCCUUCCUUAGCUUCAACACUUCACUCAACUGCACCACAGGUAUGGGCUACCCCUUAUCUCUGCGUGCCUCCUCUCCUGUGGCCAACCUCAUCAUCCCCUACCCAGAGACAGGCAGCUGGUACGUCUCCCUGCAGCUCCUGUGCCCUGAGAGUCCUGGGGGCUGUGAGCAGGCCAUGGUCCGUGUAGAGACCAUCCUGUACCUGGCACCCUUGAAUGACUGUGGACCUUACGGCCAGUGCCUCCUGCGGCGCAGAUAUAGCUACCUGUAUGCGGGUUGCAGCUGCAAGGCAGGCUGGCGUGGGUGGAGCUGCACUGACAACAGCACGGCCCAGACGGUGGCCCAGCAGAAGGUGGCCGCCCUGCUGCUCACGCUGAGCAACCUCAUGUUCCUGGUCCCCCAUCCUACUCUGUGCACCCGCGCCUUCCUAGUGGAGGCCUCUGUCUACUUCUACACCAUGUUCUUCUCCACGUUCUACCAUGCUUGUGACCAGCCAGGGGAGGCGGUACUGUGCAUCCUCAGCUAUGACACGCUGCAGUACUGCGAUUUCCUGGGCUCCGGGGUGUCCACCUGGGUCACCAUCCUCUGCAUGGCCAGGCUGAAGACAGUCCUAAAACACGUUCUGUUUCUUCUGGCACGUUGGUCAUACGCCAGGUCCUUGCAGCUGGAUCGCAGAGGCAUCUGGAACACGAUAGGGCCCUGCCUCUUUGCUUUUGUGAUCAUGGCCUCAUGUGGGCACCGCACCAAUGCUAACCCCACGUCAUGGCAGCGCUGGGCCUUCUGCCUCCUGCCUGGUAUCUCCAUGGCCUCUGUGGGCGUCGCCAUCUAUACCUCCAUGAUGACCAGUGACAACUAUUACUACACUCACAGCAUCUGGCACAUACUGCUGGCCGGGAGCGCGGCAUUCCUGCUGCCUCCACGGGAGGAGCAGGCCGAGGCCCUGGGCCUGCUCACAGAAAUUCCCUGCUACUAUCAGAUCUGCAAGAACACAGACGAGCUAUACACAGUGACGUGAUUGUGGCCAGCUUGG